GCCGGGGCGGAGCGUGCCGCCGCAGACGUCAGGGGACCCGCCGCGCGAGGCCGCGGUCCGGCGCUCUGCCCGUGGGCUCGGCCGGGGCUGCCGCCAGCGUGCGGGCCGCGCCGGGCAUGUCCUAGGCGGCGGCCCCGCCCAGCGCUCGGCCGGGCGGGCGGAGGGCCGGGCUGGGUCGGGCCGCGACCAGGCGGGCGAGCCGCGGGUCUGGCGGGAGCACAGGGCCAGGCAGGCCUCCUCAGUGCCAAGAUGAGCGUCACAUCAUGGUUCCUGGUGAGCAGCAGUGGUACCCGCCACCGGCUCCCACGUGAGCUCAUCUUCGUGGGGCGUGAUGAAUGUGAGCUCAUGUUGCAGUCCCGUAGUGUGGACAAGCAGCAUGCCGUCAUCAACUACGACCAGGACCGUGAUGAGCACUGGGUGAAGGACCUGGGUAGUCUCAAUGGGACAUUUGUGAAUGAUGUGCGCAUCCCAGACCAGAAGUACAUCACACUGAAGCUCAAUGAUGUCAUCCGCUUUGGCUAUGAUUCCAACAUGUACGUGCUGGAGCGUGUGCAGCACCGUGUUCCUGAGGAGGCGCUCAAGCAUGAGAAGUACACCAGCCAGCUGCAGGUGAGUGUCAAGGCCUCUGCACCCAAGAGGGGUGAGGUACUGCCAGAGCACACACCCUACUGUGAGUCCUCACAACCGAGACCAGAGAAAGGGGACCGAAGACAUGGAGCAGAGGCAGUAACCUACCGCACACCCCUGUAUGGGCAACCCUCUUGGUGGGGUGAGGAUGACAGUGCCCCACCACCUGAAGACCGGCACCAGGAGGAGCCCUACCCAGAGCGUCCCAAGAACCUGGCCCAGCAAGAUGGUGAACUAGACAGCUGCCGUGCUCCUGCUGAGCCACCAGACUACUCAUUCAGACGUGAGCCCAGCUACUUCGAGAUCCCCACGAAGGAAGCCCCACAGCCACCACGGCUCCCUGAGGUGCCAACACAGGAAGUGCCCACAAAAGACCAGGAGGCCAGUGGUGGUGGGACGGCCCCUGUGGUACAGAGCCACGCCUCCUUCACCAUUGAGUUUGAUGACUGUAGCCCUGGCAAGGUGAAGAUCAAAGACCACAUCACCAAGUUCUCGCUGCGCCAGCGGCGCCCCCCUGGCAAGGAGGCCACACCUGUGGAGAUGGUCUCAGCCGAAACCAAGGUGGCCGACUGGCUGGUGCAGAAUGAUCCAAGCCUGCUGCGCCGGGAUGGCCCAGGGGAUGACCGUCAGAGCACCAAAAGUGAUCUUCCUAUCCACACGCGUACUCUGAAGGGCCACAAGCAUGAGGAUGGCACACAGAGCGACUCAGAGGACCCCUUGGCCAAGGCUGCUUCGGUGUCUGGAGCCCCAACAGAAGCUGGUGGGGAGCAGGUGCGGCUGCAGAGGCAGAUCAAAAGGGACCCCCAAGAGUUGCUGCACAACCAGCAGGCCUUUGUCAUCGAAUUCUUUGAUGAGGAUACACCCCGCAAGAAACGGUCACAGUCCUUUACACACAUGCCACCUGUAGACCCCAAGGCUGACAAGCGCCGGGGCCCGGGGCCUGCUGACAGAGAGCGCCCUGGUGUCAUGGUCCGUGCAGCAGGGAGCAGCUCAGGACCCCAGAGGGCCAGCUCACUCAAGAGAGAGAAGACUGAGGAGCGGCUGGGCAACACUUCCCCCAUCCCCCGUGCCUCCACACGCCCCUUUGGCAGUGUGGGGCGCCGCUCCCGCCUGGCCCAGGACUUCAUGGCCCAGUGUAUGCGGGACAGCUCCCCAGCCACCAGACCUGUCCCUGAGAAGACCCCUCCAGUACUGCCUGCCCCCUUGACACCCCGUGGGGCCAGCCCUGUGACCCCCUCAACCACUCCACCGCCUCCCACUGACCCCCAGCUGACCAAGGCUCGUAGGCAGGAGGAGGAUGACAGCCUUAGUGACGCAGGCACAUACACUAUCGAGACAGAGGCUCAAGACAGAGAGGUCGAGGAGGCUCGGAAGAUGAUCGACCAGGUUUUUGGGGUAUUUGAGUCCCCUGAACUCUCUAGGGCAUCCUCAGCUACCUUCCGCCCAGUCAUCAGAGGUGACAAAGAUGAAUCCAGUGAUGGAGGUGUGGCCCAGCGGAUGGCUUUGCUGCAAGAGUUUGCUUCCCGAGCACCAGGCGCGGCCCCCCAGAUGGAGCAGCAGAGUCUCUUGGUCCCAGGCUCCCCUGGAGGUCAGAAGUGGGUUUCCCGAUGGGCUAGCCUGGCUGACAGCUACUCAGAUGCUGGCGUGGCAGAGGACGGUCCUGGGCGAAGAACUGGGGAGCCUGAGGGGGCCUUGCCUGUGCGCACGCGGCGACUGCUCCCUCAGCUGCCCAGUGAUAGGGCUGACAGCCCUGCAGGCCUUGAAGCUGCCAGGCGGAGUGGCCCAGGGCCACCAGAGCUGGGCAGUGAGCAGGCUAGUCACCUUAUAAGCCAGGAAGAUCUGGACCCUGAUAGCCUCAGUGAUGCCAGUGGAUCAGAUGGCGGCCGUGGCCCAGAACCAGGCCCAGAACAACAGGAGGAGCUAGCAUGGGCCAGGGGUUGGCGCUCACCAAGAGCCCCUGGGGAGCUGGCCCCCACCUCUUUCUUCAUUGGUGAUCAGAAUGGAGGGGCCACCUUCCCCAAGAAAUCAUCUGUGCCUCCUGGAGAGGUGGAUGGCCCAGGACGGGUGGUCCAGACCAGCCCUUCAGCAAGGGAUGGCCUCUACGUCAGUGCCAAUGGGAGAAUGGUGAUCCAACUACGAGGUGGUGGGUCCCCAGAGCCUGACACGGCUCCACCCAAGGAGGCCCUGGCCUUUGCCCGGCAAGAGAGCUUCACCAAGGAGCCAAGCAGUGGCCCCCCAGCACCCGGAAAGCUCCCUCACAUUUCUAGUCACCCACUCCUACAAGACUUGGCUGCGGCGCGGGCCUCUCGCAUGGACUUCCACACACAGGACACCCACCUGAUCCUGAAGGAGACUGAGACGGCCCUGGCAGCCCUGGAGGCCCGACUGCGCUCCAAGUCUGCAGAUGAAUGUGAGGGGGGCAGCACCCCCAGGCCUCCAGAGGACUCCCUAUCUGGGGAUUCAGAUGUGGACACAGCCAGCACCAUUAGCUUGCUCAGUGGCAAGAAUGGACCCAGCCCAACAACCCCCCAGACUCCAGGGCCACAGAAGGAGAGCCUGCUGUCUCCACCAGCAGUACCAGACCCAGGGGGUGCUACCCAGGGCAGUGCCCGAGAUCGACUGUCAGAGAAACAGCACCGCCCACCAGGCCCUGCAGACUUGGGCCAUGGAGAGCCAUCAAGGCGCCUGGCUAUGCGGCGUAGCCAUGGGUCUCGAGGAUCCCUGGACUGGCCUGAAGAGGAGCGAGGCUCUGGCCUUGCCCAUGUCCCCAAUUCUAACCAUGAGACCCCUGAGGCCACUGGGACAGGUCGACAAGGGCCCCGCAGGAAACCAGUGGCUCCUCCACCCUCCCCAGCUGCCAGGGAGGAGCAAAGUCGCAGUUCCACCACCGCUCAGAAGGUGCAGCAGGCAUUGACCCGCUCCAACAGCCUGUCCACCCCGAGGCCCACCAGGGCCUCCCGACUCAGGCGGGCCCGUUUGGGGGAUGCCUCAGACACCGAGGCUGUGGAUGCUGAACGAGGGACCACAGCCAACCCUGAGCCAGCAAAUCGACCAGCCCCUGAGCAGGCCAAGAAACUGACACGCUUGGACAUCCUGGCCAUGCCCCGGAAGCGAGCAGGCUCCUUCACAGGACCCAGCGAUUCUGAGACAGCCCCGGCCCGCACUGGCUUCUCCGGCCGCAGUGCUGAGCUCUACAGCACCAGUCGUAAGCCCACGAUAGCCGAGGCCCGUGCUGCUGCCAGGAAGGCUGCUGCCACUGCUGCCAACGCGGGGCCCCGCCAGCCCUUCAGCAGGGCCCGCCCGGGCAGUGCCAGAUACUCUUCCAGCACACGGCGGCGGCAGCAGGGUUCGGAUUACACGUCCACCUCCGAGGAGGAGUAUGGGUCCCACCACAGCUCCCCUAAACACACACGCUCCCAUGCCUCAACAGCCACACAGACCCCAAGGGCCAGCAGCUCUGCCCGGGCUCGUUCCCAGGCCCCCGGCCCCCGGGACACAGAUGAUGAUGAGGAAGAGCCUGACCCUUACGGCUUCAUUGUACAGACAGCAGAGAUCGCAGAGAUUGCUAGGCUAAGCCAGACACUAGUAAAGGAUGUGGCCAUUCUGGCCAGGGAGAUUCAUGAUGUGGCGGGAGAUGGGGAUUCAUUGGGCUCACCAGGACCCACUCGCAGCCCAUCUCUUGGGAAUAUGCCCAGCACCCCUGCCUCGACCAUCUCAGCCCGUGAAGAGCUGGUACAGCGCAUUCCAGAGGCUAGCCUCAACUUCCAGAAGGUGCCACCUGGCUCCAUGAAUUCUCACAACUUGGAUCAGAACAUGAACGACAGCCGUGAGGAUGCCCUGGCCAAUAAGACAAGGCCUCGGAACCGUGAGGAGGUGAUCUUUGAUAAUCUGAUGCUAAACCCAGUGUCCCAGCUGUCACAUGCCAUUCGUGAAAACACAGAGCAUCUUGCUGAGAAGAUGAAGAUCCUCUUCCAGAAUACAGGCCGGGCAUGGGAGGACCUAGAGGCCAGGAUCAAUGCUGAGAAUGAAGUGCCCAUCCUGAAGACAUCCAACAAGGAAAUCAGCUCCAUCCUGAAAGAACUAAGACGGGUUCAGAAGCAGCUGGAAGUCAUCAAUGCCAUUGUGGACCCUAGUGUUAACUUCGACCUGCUCAUGGGAAACAGAGCUCCUGCAGGGUCCACUCAGCCAGGGCUUGGGAAAGCCCGGCCAGCAGCUCAGAGCUCAACUUCACCUGCCUCGGUGGACACCUUGCUGCCAGCCCUGCCCCUCAGGAGCUUCCCACAACGGGCAAACUGCGGGCCCCCUGGCCUCCCAGAGCCUGCCUUUCUUCCUGAUGCUGAGAGGUUCCUGAUCUAAUCUGUGGAUGGGCAAGGCCAGCCUUCUCAUGCGUGUGUCCUGUGCCUGCCUGUGCAUCAUCCCACAGCCCACCUGCCUGGCUGCAGGCGGUUCUCUGUGAAAACCCCAUAUGUGCCAUAACCCCAUGGACGGGUGCCUCCCAGGUCCCUCCUCAGCCAGCACCCCAACCACUUCAUCCAGCCCAUGGCUGCCCCCACCUUCACAGGCCUCCUAGCCGAGCCCCUGGGGUACCCACUGCCAAGGGCCGCCGUUGAGACCCCAUAUUCACCUCCUCUCCAUCACUGUUGUUUUUGUCCCUAGCUGUAAAGGAAAGAGUAUUUUGCCCCAUUGCAGGACUCCACCAGGCCUGACUUAGGUGCAGCUCCAGCCCAAGAGGCCCUGUAUCAUCUCUGUGUGCUCUUAGGCCAGUCAGAGAAAGGGGCUGACCCUGGAGCCAGUCAGUGCCAAACACAGAAGCUGGAUGGGUUGGCGUGUCCCCCAACUGUCUAGGAAGGGGGCUGCUUGCUUUGUGGCUCCUGUCUGAUCCAUGGCUGCAGCUGCUGCAGAGUCCAGCAGCCUGGGCAGAUGAGUGGCGGCUCAUGGAGGUGUUUGGGGCAGGAACCCCAUGGCUCUAAGCCUUUGGUGCCAACACAACUGCCAAACCCACAGAGUUUGGGUACUGUCCCAGCAGGUCCUCCUGAGUGGAUUCUUCCCUACUAGGGACCUUGGGCUUCCUUAUAGUGGGACCGGAUGUAGCUGGGUGGGCUAGCAGCCCCUUUGGUUGUGGUGAGUGCUUUACCAGUGUGGCAGAAAAAGAGAUUUGGAAGCUCCUGGCUUUGUGAUCUAAACCAUAUACCCCUGCCGUCCCAGAUGCUGUGGGCACAAAGUGGUAACUGCAGCAGGCCUCUGUGGCCUGAUCCUUUGUGGGGGCCUGGCAGGGACAGGCCCACUACUGGUUAUGCUUUCUCAGGAUUUGUUUGGCUGGGGCCUGCUAGGUGAGCAGAGUGUGGCUGCCCUGCUGCUGCCUCUGCUGAUGUUUCUGGAGGCACUAAGCCAAAGAGCCCGUUGGCUGGAAUGGGAUGGGGAGCGUCCCAUAUCAACCAGGCUGGCGUGGGUAUACUCUAUGCCCUGCCUGAUGUGUGUGUGGGUGUUGCUCCUGAACAGGACCUAUCUGCAGGGGCUGAGGUAGCUGCGGCGGGAGACCCGGAGCCCUCAGGGGUGGCAUGGGUCUCCCUGUUUACACUUAGAUGAUAGAGAUUCAUGCACGGGUCCUGUGUGCCUCUGCCCAGCCCACCUGAUGUUUACGUGUGUAUGUAGAGCCUGCCGUUUGUCUGGAGGAGGUGCCAGCCCAGCCUGUUGGCUGCUCCCCCUGCAUGUCCCACACAUUGCCCACAGCCUGCACCCCAUAGUAAAUGGAUGUCCUUCUGCAGAGUCCAUGCCUCCCACCCCUGGUCAUCACUGUACAAUCUUUUUUUUUUUUUUUUUAAUGCACAAAUCGGUGUUCCUCCUCACAUUUAGCUCCUUCGUCCCUCCAGCCUUCGACCUGGCAUUGGUAUCCUACUUGCCUGGCUUCUUGAAGGUAUCUGUGUACAUUGUUCUCAGGUGGUCUUGUGGAUGUCUUUCAGAAAAUGGUUAUUUUAUAUGAUUUGUCAUGGAAUUUGUUCUAAUAAAUCAUUCUUCCACGUGGCAGCACACCA